AUGAAGGUAAUUAAAGAACGUAAGAAGGAAGCUCUAGAGCAGAAAAGUGAGGUCGGCAACGAAAAUGAGAAAAUAGACAGUUUCACUUCGUCACGUCGGCGAUUGGCCUUCUUGGACAUGCUCAUUGAGCAGCACCUUAAAGAUCCUGAAACACUAAACGAAGUGGACAUGCGGGAAGAGGUGGACACUUUCAUGUUUGAAGGGCACGACACUACUGCAAUGUCAAUGAUUUGGACGCUUUUCCUGCUGGGUCAUCAUCCUGAGUAUCAAGAACGAGUUCAACAGGAGAUUGAUGAAAUUUGGGAGCGAGAUCAAGUAGAUGAUAGCAAGUUUCUCAACUCUAAUCAGCUGAGAGAAAUGAAGUUUCUUGAAGCUUGUAUAAAGGAGUCUUUGCGCCUUUUUCCAAGUGUGCCAUUCAUUGCUCGAGUGGCUAGUACUGAUAUUCCGCAUGAGAACUACGUCAUUCCAAAAGGAUCUACUCUUUUUCUUUUUUUGCACAUGAUCCACCGUGAUCCUAAGCUGUUUAAGCAGCCGUACUCAUUUAUACCAAACCGCUUCAUUGAAGGCUCUCAAGAGCGAAUCCGCCAAGUGGAUGACCUGCCUGGCCCACGCUCCACUAACGUCAUUUUGGGCAAUGUGCCCGCAGAAAUGCUCAAGUCGCUCAUCACCGGCGCAGACCACAAAAAACUGAUCAUCAAUUUGAUGGACUCAAUCUCUGGUUACACGGAAGUGUUUCGUAAAGAGAAACUUUUCCGAGUUUGGCUCUCCUGGGAGCCGCUGGUGUUCCUUUGGCACCCUGAGACGGUGGAAAAAGUGUUGUCCAACAACUUUCUUCUGCAGAAAUCAAGCCAAUACCAGUUUUUGCAUCCGUGGCUGGGCACCGGACUGCUCACUUCAGAAGGCACUAAGUGGCGGACAAGGAGAAAGCUACUGGUGCCGGCCUUUCAUUUUAAAAUUCUCCACGAUUUUGUGCCGGUUUUCAACGAACAGUCACGGGUGCUCAUCGAACGACUGCGAGAAGUGGCCAGGCGAAAGUGCUCCAACUGCACCGUCGUUGACAUUGUGCCCAUCAUCACCGCCUGCACACUGGACAUUAUCUGCGAAACUAUCAUGGGGGUUUCCAUCGGUGCACAGCACAGCUCAAACAACAAAUACUGCAAAUCGGUCACAGAAGUGGGCGAGUGCUUUCUUGAGCGACUCAUGCAGCCACACUACUGGGCCGACCAAAUCUACUACCGCUCGGAGCCUGGUCAGCGAUUCUCUGAGAAUCUUGUCCGCCUGCAUGAUUUCACGCGCAAGGUUAUCCGAGAACGAAAGGCGGAAAUACUUAAUCAGCCGCACACUAUUCGCUACAAACGUACCGCCAACGGCUACACUGAGCUAGAGGAGAAUGACAAAGACCGCCGCAAAGCUUUCCUCGACCUCCUGCUCGACCAUCACAUCAAGUCAGGAGAACUAAGUGAAGAAGACAUUCGAGAAGAGGUAGACACCUUCAUGUUUGAAGGCCACGAUACGACAGCCAUGGCGUUGAGUUGGAUACUUUACCUGCUAGGACAUCAUCCAGAAAUUCAAGCAAGGGCUGCUGCAGAAGUUGACUCUCUUUUUGAAGAAGCCAACAUGGAUGAUCUUAACAAUGGCUCAGAUGAUGGAGAUGACAAAGUUACACUGACGCUUGAUAAAAUCAAAUCUCUCAAGUACUUGGAGUGCUGCGUCAAAGAAGGCCUAAGACUUUGUCCCAGUGUACCCUUCAUAGGCCGUCGUCUGCACGAAGAUAUGGAAAUUAACAAACACUUUGUACCUAAGGGAACUAUUCUUUUUGUGUACAUUUUUAUGCUUCAUCGUGAUUCCGAUGUGUUUCCAAAUCCUGAAGUCUUCAAUCCAGAUCGCUUUUUGCCAGAAAAUUCUGUCGGCCGCCAUCCGUUUGCCUUUGUUCCAUUCUCAGCAGGUAGCCGCAACUGUAUUGGCCAGCGAUUCGCCAUGUCUGAGCUAAAGGUCGUUCUGGCGUACCUACUGCGAUACUUCCGUUUUGAUUCGCUUGAUCACCGUGAUAAGAUAUCUGCCAUGAUGGAAAUGGUCUACCGUCCAAAAAGUCCUCUGAGACUGCGCGUCUUUGAGCGGAGGAAAGCCGAGCUCUUUGAACCAAACGAGUCGAUGGACCUGAUGAUGAAGGCGAGGAACAGCCUGGACGAUGGAAGCAUUGGCAACGGAUCACUCAUCGACCUUGGCUUGGGGAGCAAUAGUGGCGCCAGCAUCAGCGACAAUCACAGCCUCUCACAACAGUCCAUCGUCGACUAA